ACUACAAGUCCCGUGAUGCUCCGGGGCGGGAAGGGGGAACGGGCAGGCAGGAAGGCGGGGGUAGGAUUGUCCGCGUAAAUAGAGCCGGGUGAAGCAUGAAGCUGUACUGCCUGUCGGGACAUCCAACCUUACCAUGCAACGUGCUCAAGUUCAAGUCCACCACCAUCAUGCUGGAUUGUGGACUGGAUAUGACAUCUACCCUCAAUUUCCUGCCGUUGCCACUGGUUCAGAGCCCCAGGCUGUCCAAACUUCCUGGAUUAGUUUUGAAAGAUGGAAGCACGUUUCUGGACAAGGAGCUGAAGGAGUGCUCUGGCCAUGUGUUUGUGGAUUCUGUGCCAGAGUUCUGUUUGCCAGAGACUGAGCUGCUUGACCUCUCCACAGUGGAUGUAAUCUUAAUCUCAAACUAUCACUGCAUGAUGGCACUGCCUUAUAUCACAGAGUACACAGGAUUCACUGGAACGGUGUAUGCCACUGAGCCCACUGUUCAAAUUGGCAGACUUCUCAUGGAAGAACUGGUGAAUUCCAUUGAACGUGUGCCAAAGGCUCAGUCUGCCUCCACAUGGAAGAACAAGGAGGUACAGAGAUUGCUACCAGCCCCUCUGAAAGAUGCAGUGGAGGUGUCAAUGUGGAGGAAGUGCUACACCAUGCCUGAAGUGAAUGCUGCUCUCAGUAAGAUCCAGCUGGUGGGAUAUUCCCAGAAAAUCGAGUUGUUUGGUGCUGUGCAGGUCACCCCUCUCAGCUCAGGCUACGCUCUUGGAAGUUCCAAUUGGAUUAUCCAGUCGCACUAUGAAAAGGUUUCCUAUGUUUCGGGAUCUUCUCUGCUUACAACACAUCCUCAGCCCAUGGACCAGGCUUCUCUUAAAAACAGUGAUGUUCUCAUCCUGACGGGUCUUACACAGAUCCCUACUGCUAACCCAGAUGGCAUGGUAGGAGAGUUCUGCAGCAACUUGGCUAUGACUGUCCGGAAUGGAGGAAAUGUGUUGGUUCCUUGUUACCCCUCUGGAGUAAUAUACGAUCUGCUGGAGUGCCUGUAUCAGUAUAUUGACUCUGCUGGACUCUCCAACGUCCCUUUUUAUUUCAUCUCGCCUGUUGCCAACAGCUCACUUGAGUUCUCCCAGAUCUUUGCUGAGUGGUUGUGUCAUAACAAACAAACAAAGGUGUAUCUUCCAGAACCUCCUUUUCCUCACGCUGAGCUGAUUCAGACAAACAAAUUAAAACAUUACCCCAGCAUCCAUGGAGACUUCAGCAAUGACUUCAAGCAGCCAUGUGUCAUUUUUACUGGGCAUCCCUCUCUAAGAUUUGGGGAUGUGGUUCAUUUCAUGGAGUUAUGGGGAAAAUCUAGCUUGAACACUGUUAUAUUCACAGAACCAGAUUUCUCUUAUCUGGAUGCUCUGGCUCCUUAUCAACCUUUGGCCAUGAAAUGUGUUUACUGCCCCAUUGAUACAAGACUGAAUUUUAUCCAGGUGUCUAAAUUGCUCAAAGAAGUCCAGCCUCUCCAUGUAGUUUGCCCGGAGCAGUACACUCAGCCACCACCCUCCCAGUCUCACCGUACAGAUUUGAUGAUAGACUGUCAGCCUCCACCAAUGUCCUACCGCAGAGCAGAGGUCCUGACUCUUCCCUAUAAACGACGCUAUGAGAAGAUCGAAAUCAUGCCAGAACUUGCAGAUUCGCUUGUGCCCUUGGAGAUUAAGCCUGGCAUUUCCUUAGCAACAGUUUCUGCCAUGUUGCAUACUAAAGACAACAAGCAUGUUCUGCAGCUCCCUCCAAAACCACCACAACCCCCCACCAGCAAGAAGAGAAAACGAGUGAGUGACGACGUGCCAGAGUGUAAGCCUCUGAAGCCAUUGCUGAGUGGCUCCAUUCCUGUGGACCAGUUUGUGCAGACACUUGAGAAGCACGGCUUCAGUGACGUCAAGGUGGAAGACACAGCCAAGGGCCACAUUGUGCUCCUCCAGGAGGCAGAAACACUCAUUCAGAUUGAGGAGGACUCCACACACAUCAUCUGUGACAACGAUGAACCUCUUAGGGUGAAGCUGCGUGACUUGGUUCUUAAAUUCCUGCAGAAAUUUUAGCCCAUGGACACCACACUGCUCUGCAGGGAGAGCCCUCAGAGCACCAGAGCAAAGAGCUUUUAGAGGGUGACCCCGGAGAGAGAGAAUAUCCGCAUUCAGAAGCCAGAAACCACCUUUUCUUCAUGCAGAAGCAACUAAGUAUUUUUUUAAUAUCUUUAUAUAUUUUUUAUUUAAUUUUUAGCCAGUUUUGGAAUACUUCAGAGGGGAUUCCUGUGCUGUAAAAUUCCUUUCUGGAAUGUUUAAGGAGAUACAGAUUGCAGAGUAAAUAAAUAGAGUGUAUAUUUAGGAAGUCAGGGUGAAACCAUAUGCAGGUCAGAUAUUUCUCUGUGUGAUGCAGUCAAUCAGCAGUGUGUGCCCCAGCCCUUUAUCCAACACAACUCUGCAAGAAUAUUCGAACAGUAGCCUCAGAUAUUAAGAGAAGAUUGGUUUUUUUUCUCCCCACUGUGUCUUCACUGCAUCCAGUUUUCUGUCUGUGUGUAUGUUUCCCUGGAUAUGGUACAAAGAGGAGCAUGGCAGAGAUCAUAAAAACAAAAAGAAAAUGGGGACUAUGCUGGGCAUGGCCAAUAGCUUCAGAGUGCCCAGAGCACCUUCAUUCUCCUAGAGCAGAGCUUGAGCACUUCAAAGCAUUCACUGAUGUUCACCUCACCUCUUAGGACCGAAUCUGUCCACCGAGAUGUUGGGUCCCUCCAUCAUCAGUGGGAGAGGUACCAACAGGAGGCAUUGCAAUUGCAGGCAGAAUGGUUGGUUGCCCUUCUGUGCCCUAUUUGUCUGUUGGCUGUUGGUGCUGAGACAGCUCCAUUCCCAUCUCACUGCUUCCAUUGGGUGCAUGAGGCUAAGCAGCAUGAAUCUGGGACCCAGAAACCCAGCUGAGAAGGGAGGCAUUCUCAUGUAUGUUAAAGCAGUUAAACUCCCCCUGCUCACGAAAAACCCGGGAGAUUUAAGUGCCUCACAUUUCUACCUUCCCAAAAUCUUUUAGCCCCCACAUUCCAAAUUCCUGUUGAAAUUCUGAUAGCCCUCUCUACAAAGCCAUCUGUACUGCAGACUAGGGGGGCUUUUCCCUUUCAAAGUUGUGUAUUUGGAGCCUAAACUUAGUUAAUAGUACUGCUUUUAAAAGUAGCUGAUUGAUUUCUUGGAUUUACUGCUGUUUUCUUGUUUUCAUUUUUUUUAAUGGGAUUGUUUUGUAUUUAUUUGGUGUUAAAAAUAAAAAGUGUAGUAAGAAUGCUGAGGAGAAACCACAUUCAGUGGUUUAUAAAAGCAUCUGCUUGCCUGGUCCACAUCCACAGGUGCGUAAAUAUACAUAUUUGUAAAACAAAACGUCUCCAGUUUACAGCCUUGGGGAGAUUAAGGCAGUGGGAGAACAGCUCUGUAAUAAAAACUGUUUGCUGUUGCAGUUUGCACAUCAUAUUUCCUACACAUUAAGGGUUCCUGCUUGAUUGGUUGUGCAGGCUCUGGCAUCUGUACCGUGGCUUUCUGUGUGUGUCAGGGGCAUGAGAGCAAUGGUAUCAUUAGGGCAAUAAAAACCUGGUUGCAGAAGCAUGAAUCCCAAUGAGAGUUUACAACAUCUGUGGUAGUUCAGCUUCUUUAUCAUCAGUAGCAAAUAGAAUAAAAGAACUGGGCAUAUCUCACCUGGCAGUUAAAUCUGUAUAAAGAUUAUUCUGAACACAUGAAGGCCACUGGAUGUAGGCAGGGUAGGAAGGAGAGGGACACGCAUGCCUUAUAACAGGUGAGUCCUUGAAGUGCCUCUCUCCUUGUUACCCACUGGCCCCAAUGCUCCAGAGACUUCAUUUUGUGAAUGUGCUAAUUUGCAUUUAUAAUUACAGAGGAUUUAAAUCCACCUGAAGGUCCCAGUGCCACCAUCAGAUGCUGUGACAGCUCAGCAGACGGUGCAGGGCUGUGUGUUCACCAACGUGAGAUGUAACCACACUGUGUGUUUCUCUGACUGCAGGUGCAUGAGGGCAGGAAGGUGAAGCUUUGCUGCAGUGUUGCAGUCUGAUCAGCUGUGCGUGUGAGGGGAGAAAACCUUCCUCAUGUCCCAUUCAGAAGAAUGUUCAGCUGUUACACAGCAGGUCAGGUUAGACAUAGAGGUGUUCUAGCUCUCAAGAUACUCAAGAAAUCUUUAAAUAGGAACCAUGAGACAGCUUGUGUCAGCUUCAGUGGCUACUCCACUGGUGUAUAAUUGGGCCAAACCAACCCCAGUGCUCUGAGCCCUGUGGAAGUCUCUCAGUGCUGCCCAAAUUGACAGAACUGUAGAGCUCCAGCCUAGUCCUGCCCCAUGGAUGAUUUUGGACAUGUUUCAUGGCUUGCUGCAGUCCAGUCCAAAAACAUUUUGUUUGGUUCACUACUGCUGUGAUUGGGGCUGUCACACCAAAUCCUGUAAUUUGGGGCACAAAGCCAUGACUCCUAUCAGCUGUGCUGAUACUUCAUCACAUCACUGGCAGCUGGUGGAUUUCCAAAGGCCUCGCCACCCCUCCUGGGAAAAACAAUCAAUGGGAAAGUGUUCACGUUUUUCCUCUUGUCGUUUUGGACAGAACGUCUCACUGCUCCAGUCCAGCAUCUGAAAACCAGUUUGUUUCUUUCUUAGAAACAGGUUGUGCCUGCUGGAAAAAUAAACAUACUGAGGGGAUCCUUCAGAUAAAAAUUUUAAUUAAUCUCACAAAAUAAGCUCUUGUUCGUUCUGCACAGAGGAAGAAAAAUAAAUGGCAUUUCUUCUGGCUGGGUCAGUGCUGCAGAGGUAACCAUGGCAGCCUGGGAGGGAUGCGAAUGGAGGGGGUGGAAUUAGAUGGAUGCCAAAUACAUUUUAACUAGAGACACGCUUUAGUGGACAGACAGCAGCAAAGGCACUUGGGUUUGGCAUCAUCUUCCUUCUAGAAGGAAAACAUCCUGGCCACAGUGUGAUGUUUGUUGUGCCAUGGCCCUGUGCACAUGUGACUUUAAUGCAGAUAGCAUUUGCAGCUGGUAGCAGAUACUCCUAGGUGGAAAGAAGUAUAUUAUAUUUUUAUUCUAUUAAUAAGAACCCAAAUAAAAACAACUGGAGCAAGUCAUUCCAUUCCAGGCUUGCUGUCUCCCACACCGUGCCCAGGUGCGUAGGCCAGCCCUGAGGUCACAUCAGUGUCCCUUCCUAGGGGACAUGAGCACGAUGAACCAAGGGCAGCCUGCGUCUGUGCCCUGUGGGCAGCACACAUCUUUGGGAGGAAUGGGGCUUUGGUUUCAUCCAUUUGUAUUGGCAUGGGUGGGCUCACCCUGGGGAAGCUAAGCCAUGUGGAAUGGUCCCUAUUUACCUGUCACAUGCAGCCAUCUGAGUCCAUCUGUGAUCCCAUUCCUUGAGCCCCACCAGCUGUGCUUUUCUAGUAGGGCUAAGGCUGUGGCUGAAAGCUCUUUGCCUUGAUUAACACAAGAAAUUAUUCCCCCACUGUUUUUCUCCCCUAUUGCCCCCCAGCACUUGUUCCUCACCUUGCCCAGAGCCCAUAGGGGUGAUGCCUCCAUCCUGAGCCCAACCCUACUGAAAGAUGCUGCCAUUUUGACUAAUUUUUGUCAUUGUCAUCAUGUUGGCAGCUCAGCAUAAGAGCUUAAAAACUGCUAUGCGUGAGAGUCCAGCCUGUGCCAAGCAGUGCCUGCAUGAAGAGCAGCCAAAAGGCUUUUAACACCACAGCAGUAGGAACUCAUCUCACUUGGGGUUUUAUUCUUGAAUCAGAAAUUGUUUUUUUUUUUUCUGGAAAUAACAGCAAGAACAAAUGCUCCCAGUAGGGACGAGCCUUUGCCCCAGGGCAGUUUGCUGAAAUGGACACAGCUGCCCUGAAGGUGUUCUGCUGGACCAGAGCAGCUCAUGGCUCUGCCCCUGCCCAGGGAAAAGGCAGGGCUGGGAAAUGUUGGUUUUGGGGUGCCCCGAAAUGAAGCUGCUGCAUAUCCCAUCCCGGUCCCAAACCCUUUCUCACAGCCCCCAGCAAAGCACGGAGCCAUGCUCAAGUUAAACUCUCCAUUUAUUGGAUCCUUUUACAAAAAAAAUCAACAUAUGAAUAUUGUGCUCGUGUUGAAGGAGUGUUCCUUUUUUCCUCCAUUUUUCUUUGAACCCGGUGCCCACGGGGCAGUUGGCACAGGGCAGGGCGGCACCACUGGCGAUGCUAUUUACAGUGAACGGGAGAGAACCUCACUCCACACCCAGCUGCAGCCCCAGUCCUGGGAUGAAGCAGCAGAAACAUCAAAAAAGGGAAAAGGCCUUCCUUUGGGAAAGGUGCAGCCACCGAGGGACCCUCACUGGGAUGAACCCCACAACCUGACCUGAGCUUCAGCAUUGCCCCGGGACCAUCACAAAACCCACAGCAAAGAUGCCGGUCACAAGGACGAUGGGGACAGUGGCAAGGGCUGUUCUCAGGGAUGCCUCUCUCCUCCCCCACAAUGAGGGAAGCCUGCAGGAUGCCAUUGGAGCAGAAAGUUGGGCAUGAAUCACAGAUCCGUGCUCUGGAUGGGCCCUGGUGUCUGUUGGGGCAGAGUGGGGUAAUCUUCCUAGCAACAGAAGGCUGAGGGUAGAGAUGGAGACAGCCCUGCACGUCCCUCCUGCCAGCAGCACGUCGCAGCACCCACCCACCUUCACCCCAAAUCCCUUUGGGGUUCAGCAAACAGGAAACCAUCCUGCAACUCAGUCCCACCCCGCAGGCACCCCAUCACAACUGUGGUGCCAGGCAUGUCCAAAAAAACCAACAGGCUGGGCAAGGGAUGAGAGUGCUGAGAGCCUGGAAGAACAACGCAAUUUUCCAUCACUGUUUCUUACUGGCCUGUGAAUGAGAAGCCAUGAUGGAAAGGAAGAGCCCACCCAGCCCUGGGACUGAGGGCCUACGUGGGUUUAGGUUUUGGAGUCCAGGAGGUGGGUGUCUGACAGCUGCCACGCACAGAGGCUCAGCAACCAGACCUUGCAAUGCAAAUGGCAACACAAACACUUCACGGUACAUCCGCAUCUUCCAAGCUCCAUAUAUUACGGCCUCCCCAAAAUAAGAACAUUUUCCCCUAAGACUUCUGAAAAUAAGCUGAUGGGAAGUGUGUAUCUCUAUUUAUAUAAAGUGCAAUCCACAGCUGCCCCCACCCUGGCUGCCACCCAUGCUCCAGUCCUCUAUGUAAAGAGACUGAACCUUCACACGCUCUGUUUCCAGAUGUUAAAACAAAAAAGAGAAAACAAUACACAAAGGGAGAACCAGACGCCUCACUCCUUAUUUCCCUGCACUCUGUGGUGCUGCUGAAGGUAUGUGCAGGAGAGCAGCCGUGUCCUUCCUCCACCCACAGGACCACAGCCAAGCAGAGCAGUGCGUUGAGCUGACGGCAUCCGCUGUGUAGGGGAGGAACCAGCUCCAAACCCAGCUCCAUGACCACGAUCCCAGUUAUGUUCCCCAGCCCACUUGAAUGGAAGGUCUUUGUGGGAUUAACCUUCAAAAGCAGCCCAGAGCCACACGUGUGUGCAGGCAGGAUGAGGGUUUAAGGCAGGUAGAUCCACCCCGGGCACAUGUGUGGCUUUGCAAUGGGGAUGAGGCAGUGUGGGAUCUCAGCAAUCGCUGGCGCUUCGCUUUGGUGCUGCUUGGCUGGCACAAAGGAGGAUGCCCAUCUCUUUUCCCCACCCUUUGAAGCAUUACAUGAUCUCAAAAGGACCAAUACCUCUCCUUCCAUCCCAGCAACACCAGCAGGUCAGCUAGGAGCACACGGGGCAGCUUGGUUUCCCUAUGGCUGCAGCACAGGGCACCAGGAAUAAGAACCACAGUGACUGCGGCACAGGGUCUGCUGCUGGGAGCUGAGUAAAGACCCACUGGGACCAACUUCUUCCUCACUCACCCCUCUUGGGUGGGCCCUGCGUGGUGAGCACAGCAGCAAAGUGCUCCUGGAUGGAUGAAAGCUGGAGUCCUCAGUUGUAGCUGUGAGGCGAGACGGUGUGUGAGAGGGGUGGGGAAGGGAUGGGGCCAGCACGGUCACCAGAGCUGCCUUGACACUGGGAGAAACAUCUGCAGCCCAACUCCUCCAAGCUGGCCUCGCUGUGGUGGGUCA